AUGGUCCAGUCCAAGGUCGAUGUCGGCCCUGACAGCCAGGAGCCAGUAUCAGACACAGAGUCCCACUCAGUCCCCACCGAGGAACAGGCCGAGGAACAGGCCGAGCGAACGGUGAUACGGAAGAUUGAUCUUCACAUCCUACCCUUUGUGGUGCUGCUAUAUCUCUUCAGCUUCCUAGAUCGAGUCAACAUUGGCAAUGCACGUCUAUACGGUCUAGAAGAGGAUCUAGGCCUAGUCGGCGACCAGUACCAGAUCGCCGUGUCUAUUCUCUUCGUAACUUACUGUUUCUUCGAGGUUCCCUCUAACCUCGUGAUCAAAAAGCUGAGGCCAUCCCGCUAUAUCGCAAUUAUCUCAGUCAUUUGGGGCAUUAUCGCCACCCUCACCGGUAUUGUCCAAAGCUAUGGGGGCCUGAUCGCCUGCCGUAUUCUACUGGGUGUGGUCGAGGCAGGCCUGUUCCCAGGGUUUAUGACCUACCUCACCCUCUUCUACGGGAAGCAUGAGAUUGCGCUGCGCACGGGCUACCUAUUUAGCAGCGCAGCCAUCGCGGGAGCCUUUGGAGGCCUGCUCGCGUACGGGAUCGGGUUCAUGGAUGGCGUCUGUGGACUCCGAGGCUGGCGCUGGAUCAUGAUUAUCGAAGGCAUCCCGACGGUCAUUCUCGGCGUGGCCACGUGGUUUGGCCUAGCAGACGAACCGGACACGGCAUACUAUUUGGACAAAGAAGAGCGUGAACUCGUUGCCCGUCGGCGCAGUCGCCAUGUUGGACAGACCGAGUCCGCGCAGAAGUUCCACUGGGCGGAUGUCAAGGACGGCGCGCUGGAUUGGAAGAUCUGGGCAUUUUCCGUUGGUCAGUUUGGGGUCGACACUAUGCUUUACGGGUAUAGUACUUUCCUGCCGACUAUAAUCAAGGGUAUGGGCAACUGGUCAACCCCUGAGGUCCAGGCCUUGACUAUCCCCUGUUAUGCACUGGGUGCUAUUGUUUACCUGGGUAUUGCCUGGCUGAGUGAUCGCACUCAGCACCGUGCUGUGUUUGUCUGUCUGUUUAGCGUGAUAUCUGUUGUCGGAUAUGGAAUCCUGAUCUCAGAUUCAUCGUCGGGUGUGCACUAUUUCGGUGCUUUGAUGGUUGCAUUGGGGUUGUAUGUUACCGUCGGAUUGCCCCUUGCCUGGUUACCCACCAACCUACCGCGAUACGGAAAGCGCACCUUCGCCACGGGUCUGCAACUCACUUUCGGCAACAUCAGUGGUGUCAUGUCCCCGUUUUUAUACAAGACAUCAGAAGGUCCACGUUUUGUUCGAGGAAACGCUGUUACUCUGGGCUUGGUGGGCUUUGCAGGUAUCCUCUACGGUGCCAUGGGGUUAUUUUAUCGCUUUAUAAACAAGCGCAGAGCCCAAGGUUUGGAAGAUGAAAAGAUAUCCUCGUUGACGGAAGAGGAGAUUCAGGAAAUGGGCGACCGGAACCCAAGAUUCCUCUACAGCACUUGA